AUGAACGACCGCGGUCGAGCCCAUGCUACAACGGGCCGCGUGGAGCCUUCCGGUCUUUUCUUCACUCAGCUGGCUGAGAUAGCCGAUCAAGCCCAGCUCCCAUGCCCUGGCGAUACUGAGGAUUUCGCCCACGUUGCGGAAGACCCCUUCACGGUGCCGCGUGCUCACGCCUACGUCACGACCACUCACGAACACCACGGGAUCUUGGAGGAGACGAAUCAAGCGAUCAAAAUCCCCAACACCUGCGACGAAGCCAUGAGCUCUCCUCAGCGCGAAGAAUGGAAAGGAGAGUGCAUCAAGGAAAUGGACAAUCUGCGGAAACACAACGUCUACAACCUGGUGCCCCUCAGCAGCGUUCCCAAGGGAGAGGAGAUCCUCGGAACGAAAUUCGUCUUCAAGAAAAAGCUGGACGGACGCUUCAAAGCUCACCUGGUAGUCGGAGGACAUCGUCAAGAGCCAGGACAGGACUACGGAAGCAGCUACGCACCAGUAUGCCGUAUCGGGAGCAUUCGCAUGACGUGCACCAUUGGAUGCCACAACAACUGGCCCAUCUACCAACUGGACGUUGUCGUUGCCUUCCUGAACGCCCUCUGCGACAGAGAUGUGUACGUCAGACCCGCCCCCGGUACAUCCGCCAAGAACUCCGCGACGGGAGAACCCAUGGUGUACAAACUAGAACGGAGCCUCUACGGCCUAUCGCAGUCGCCUGCGCUCUGGAACGACACCCUGAACGAAUCCCUCAAGGUGUUCGGAUGGAAAAGGACUCAAUACGACCCCUGCGUGUACAUGUAUACCAGCGGCAACAUCAUCGUGAUUCUCACGGUCUACGUAGACGACAUUCUCAUCACAGGAGGAGACCAGCAGCUCGUGGACCAGAAGAAGGAGCUCACGGAUCGAUUCGAGAUGACCGACAUGGGAGAGGUAAAGCGGAUCCUCGGGAUCGACGUGCAGCGGGACUACGAACAAGGAACCCUAGCCAUUUCACAGGAGUACUAUGUGAACACACUACUGGAGCGGUUCGGAAUGCAAGAGGCCAACCCUGUGAGCACUCUUGGAUACGGAGCGGAAAUCUCCACCAAUCAACCUCAGGACCAAAUCUUAGGACCCACGGACAAGAAAAUCUACCAGUCGAUGACAAGAAGCAUCCUCUACCUGGCCCAGUGCACGCGAUUCGACCUCUCCUACGCUGCCCUACAACUUUCCAAAGCCUGCAGCAACCCAGCGCAGGUGAACUUGACAGCAGCCAAGCACGUUCUGCGAUACCUUCGGGGUAAUCCGGUUCUUCCUAUCGUCUACAAGAGAGGACAGUUUUGGCUAGCGGCAUCUACGGAUUCAUCCUUCGGAGCAAACCUCGACAACGGAAGAUCUACCACGGGAUAUCUCUUCUUUCUGGCUGGAGGACUCAUCAGCUACGGUGCGAAGACUCAAACUCUAACCGCGCAAAGCACGGUCGAAGCCGAGAUUCAAGCACUUAGCUUUUCAGCCAGAGAGGCGAUCUACAUCUCAAAUUUUAUGACGGAAUUCAACUUCAAGACCUUCGGAUGGGUUCCCAUCAACAGCGACAGCACCGGAGCGCUGACAGUGGCCGGGAAUNUCAUAUUUCUAUUCCAAGUCUCUCGCGGUUGGAGCCGCACAGAGUGUGAACCUCUGAGGUAG